AUGUCUGUGCAUGAACCUGGCGUUGGCACUGGACCAUCUCCUCAAGUGGUAGAGUUAUGGAAGAGAGUAACGUUACCUCAUGAGGCCAGACCAGACCAUGUUCCCAUCACGCAAACUCCUAUAUCUCAACGCUUGUCGGGAGAGCGUUCAUGGCUAUGGACAAACCUUUCACAGAUGUCACCUGCAGAUCAGGCAAUCAUGAUGAGCAAUUUGACAUCGAUGUGGCCAUACAAGUGGGAGAGAAGGGCCCUGAAUUGGCCUAUGCAUAUUGGUCUUCUGGCAAAUUGUGUCACAUCGACCCUUAUAGCUACGAAGAUCAGUUCCGAUAUGGUUAUGUUCAAUCCCAAAAUGAGUUUCCUCGAAGCAAUUCGGCAAUGUCCAAAGUCGCCGUUUGUGUUUGGUGUUUACUCUUCAGGGAUUGCUUAUUACGUAAUGCGUCAGGUUUACAUCAUGCCUCAUAUAUUCAACGAGAACAAGCCAUGUAGCUCAUGCAUGUUGAGCCGUUCUGUGUUGAUAUCUCUAGUCAGUGGAAUAAUCUUACCUAUGAUCGCUACUCCUUAUCUUUGUCAUUAUAUCUUGCUACAAAAAGAAAAGCAAAAGUUCCCUCCUGUCAAGACAUAUCUGGACUUCCUUGCUCUUAGUACCGAAGGCAGUCGUGUUGCUAGACCUUUGAUGGCAAAGCUGAUCCCAUUUCAAGCUGCACUGGCAGCAGCGUCCACAUAUGCACUGCUCUGGGGUCGAAAGAGCUCUCGUGAUCCACAAUGGUGGAAAACGACGUUAUUAUCCGCAUAGCUCGACAAUGUUGCUGAAAUCUAUCUGGUUAGCUACGUUCAUCCCCGUGGCAAACUCGUUCCUCGCGUCUGCUUUUUCCUCCGUUUCACAAGCUGGAAAAACGUCGAAUUGUGCCGAUUGGAGUGACUAUGGACCCUGCUUUAGCACAUCUGAUCGGUCAUUUUGGCAUCGACUACCGAAACAAUGCUAUCAAAACAGAUACAUGUCGCUUAUUACCGGAAUAGGAAACCCAAUUGUGCAAAAAGUGAUGGAUUACGCGGAAAUGUUCAACAAAUCGGCCAAUGCCUGCGGUAUGUGCAAUGUGCAAGUGUCGUGUUCGCCAAGAUGCGAGUAUACCCCAGGUGGUAACUCGUUCGGCGUAGUGGAUCGCAUUUGUGACUUACCAACAGAAAAACAAGCUUGUGCGAUGACACCACAGGCUUACGAUGAGACAUCUGGGGUUUGCAAAGUUUGGCCACCCAGGUAUACCACCGCAGUAGAAUUCCUUGGAGCGCUUGUUCCCCCAAACAUACGAGAUCAAGUUUGGUCGCUAAAGCCACUGAACUGUAUAAGCAUUGAACAAAAAUGUUUCUGUUGUUGUACUCCAUACUUCCCAAAUCCAUGCGAUGCUCAAUGUACCCUACAACCAUGUAGCCGAAGGCAGGCUUUCUCGUCAACACAGAUCAAGAUUUUGCGACGAAAAUGGCUAGCUAAACAAGAGGAAGAGGAUCAGGAGGAAUGAUCUACAAGCAUUUGAAACUUAGGGAAACUAGAGUGCCUCGCUUCUAACUUUUGGACACAGUAAUAAUAGCAAGUCGUCGAUUCUCAUUAUAAAGUCUAGUGCCCAUUAUUCCUCAAAACUGAAGAAUCUCUCCACCACUGCCUUGCCCUUCGUUCAUGUAUAUUAAUUUAGAGCCUAGUGCUGAUAUAGCUAUGCGGAAUAAAUUACCUCCAC